AUAAUUAUAUACCAAAACCAAAACUGCAAAAAGAUGAAUCAUUAUCCGCUAAUUUUACAAACGUGAUUUUUCAAAUUAAAACCGAUAAACCUCCUAUGCAAGAAAACUCUGAUGAUAUAGUUAAUAGUCAAGAUAUAGAUUCAGAUUAA